AUGGUGUCACAUUUAUCCGUGAAAUGCCUUCUAAUAACAAUAACAGCCGCUAUUUUGUUGAGCUCGAAUUUGAGAAGCGAGUGCGGACGGUCAAAAUCAAGAUUUACCAACAUGCUUUGCGAAUCCUAUAACGAAUCGUACGCAAAAUUUAAAAAAUGUAAACUUAAUUUGCUUGGAAGAGGUCGAGUUGCUGCCGAUUUUUACCUAAAGCUGUUUGAACUGCCUAUAAACAACUCAUGGAUAAAUUGGUCUAUUUAUCGGCGCUACAAUGGGUUUCGUCCGUUUCUGUACAAUAUCAGUACAGAUUUCUGCCAACUUUUAGGAAGGAACAAUUUUUUGUCAUUCGAAGGACUUGUAAUUAAUGCCGUCAUGACCCGGUCCAAUUUAAAUCACUCCUGUCCGUACAAUCAUGACAUCAUUUUGGAUAAUCUAGAAUUUUCGGAUGAUUUUCUAAAAACUCUUCCCCUUCCGCAAGGCGUCUAUAAAAUACAAUUGCGUUUUGCCACCUACAAAGUUUGGAGGGUUCAGGUAACGAUGUUUCUUGAAAGAGAAGAAUAA